AGAUGGUGAGAAGAUAAGUAAAACUAAUAACGCAGCAUGUUAAUGAUUGGGAAUUUGAAAAAAGGAAUCUGAAAGGCGGAGAGAGAGCUUCAUGCCUCUCUCUUCAUACAUACAGACAUAUCUCCUUCACAUAAAUUCAAAUAAUACUAAAACCCUAGGUUUUCAAUUUCCCCAAAAUCCAUAAUUUUGUUGUUGUUGAGGGGAAAUGAGUAGCAGCAGGAGAGAAGAAGAGAGGAACGAGAAGAUAAUAAGAGGGCUUUUGAAGCUCCCUCCCAAUCGCAAAUGCAUCAACUGCAAUAGCUUGGGUCCCCAGUAUGUAUGCACAAACUUUUGGACCUUUGUCUGCAUGACAUGCAGCGGAAUACAUCGUGAGUUUACUCACCGUGUGAAGUCAGUUUCCAUGGCUAAGUUUACGUCCCAAGAAGUGGAAGCUCUUCAAAAGGGUGGUAAUCAGCGGGCCAGAGAGAUAUAUUUAAAAAGCUGGGACCCGCAAAGUCAAUGGCUUCCUAAUAACAGCAAUGUUGAUAAAGUGAGGGACUUUAUUAAGACCGUCUAUGUUGAGAAAAGAUAUGCUGGGGCACAGUCCUCUGAAAGACCUCCUAGAGAUACUCAGAACUUGAGAAACAACGACGAUGAUAUGAGAAGAGCAAGUUCUUACCAUUCCUAUUCCCAAAGUCCACCAUAUGACUUUCAGUAUGAAGAACGGCGUUACGGGAAACAUGCACCAGUACUCUCUAGAAAGCCUGGAUCAGAUCGAGGACUUUAUGAAGGAAAAGUGUCGAGUUUCUUGAGUCCUAGUCGUUUAAGUGAUCAUAUCUAUGAGGAUAGGUUUGCUAAUGAAGGAUCUAAUCCCAGAGCGUCAGAUUACUCUGUGUCUAGUGGAGGUGAUCCAUUCAGGGCUGAAGCACAGUCCCCCAGCUUCCAGAGAGACAUGGGAAGUCCCUUAAGUGACACCUCAAGGGAUAUUUCAUACGAAGAUGUACGGCAUGUCAAGAAAGAUGCUGGAAGAAUAUCACGAGCACAGAGACCUGGAUCUUCUGGAAGUUUUGAAUCGUUUGACAGCAACUCCUUGUCAUUCAAGUCUGUAAAUUCUUGGCAACGAUCAUCGGGACCCGGAAAUUCAAAUGCCCCAGAUCUGUUCAAUGCUCCCUCAGUUCCUCAAACCGCUCCGCCUACAGUUUCAACAAAGUCUCAUUUGCCAGUUGGUAAUUCACAUCAAUCACCUUCAUCUUUGGACUUAUUCUCAGAGGUGCCAAACCUGCCUUCAGCUGCAGGUGCUGAUCAAAAACCAUCAUGUGAAGUCACUUCCAAAAAUGAAGGAUGGGCAACAUUUGAUAUGCCACAGCAUACAGAAACAACUGGCACCGACCAGUUCGCCCCGGCACCGACACCUGCUUACUGUCAUAAUUCUUUUGACUUCUUACCUGAAAAGACACAGCAGCAAUCGGGUGUUACAUCCAAUCAGAAGUCAUUGGAUGUGGUUCCUCAGAGAAAUGAUGGAUGGGCAACAUUUGAUGUGCCUCAGCACGUGGCACUCACUGCCAGUAAUAACUUUGCCUCCAACAAGAUUCAAUUUAAGGCUGAUUCUCAACCGACUUUGGACCCAACUUUCUCUGUCAUGCAAUGGCCAUCACCGGUAGAAUCUGCUCCUCAGGGACCAGACAUUAGAGAGUCUACUGCUUGUGCAUUAAAUUUAUCAAUGGCUGCUCCAUUUCAUGCAGUUGUGCAGAAUGUUGAAGCUACUCCAAGUGGAAGAAGCACUGACUUGUGGAGUGCCUUUGAUGUUUCUAAUGACAAGAUUGUUGAUGAUCAGUACAUGGGCUUAAGAGGAGUAGAGAAUGUAGCUACAGGUCAAAGUCAAAGAGCUGUGCUGGAUAGUGGAAAUCCUAUUACUAGUUUGCCAUCAUAUGUCAGUGCCUCAUCCUCUGGAUUGUCCACUCUUCCUGUAGGGACAGGACUGCAUUCACAUGCAAAUGAGCAGAAGUCCAACAACCCAUUUGAUCUUCCUUACGAUGCUGACAUGGAAUGCAGCAAUAUGCCUCAGUACUGGGACAUGAGCUCAUUACACGCUGCAUUGCCAAGUGACGAGAUGCCAACUUCCUUUGUUGGUGGUGUGAACGAAUCUUGGUUUCCCCAGAACCCAGCAACAGCUUAUGUUCCAGCUGGACAGCAAGGGACAUUAUUCGUUUCCGCACAACCAGCUGGCAAUCAAAUAUCGAACGUCCCGACACAUGGACCAGUUGCUCCAAUUGGCGGAAAUCCAUUUGCAUAGGAUUGUAUUCAUAUAUUCAACUAGUUGUUGGAUCCGCUAGGUUAUUCUUUCAACUUUUAGAUUCCUAUGUAUUUCAUGUUUUGGCCAUGUUUGUAUUGUUCAAAAAAAGAGACAACUAGGCAGAAAUGACCAAAUUCCAAAGGCCGGUAGGCAGUGCUUCUUUCUUGUUGGGGCCUACAGUGUGUUCUGAUACUAUAGUCCUAUAGUUGAUGUGAUUUUAAAUGUUUUAAGAGUCUCUUUGUUGGCUA